AGUUGGACCACUUCCCACAGUGUGAUUGCACCAUAAAACUUUGUACUUACAUAAACACAUAAAUUAUAUACACUAUAGAAAAAGUUGGCCCUAUUGGCAAUUUUCUUUUCCCUUUCCCUAUCCUAAUUUUGCUUAUUUAUUUAUGUGGGCUAGGUUAAUUAGAGCAAGGAAGCUUUCAAGAAGAAUCCCACCGACGAUAUCUUUUGUUUUCCCUCUCCCUCCAGAAAAUUUUCCCCUCUUUCUCGACACCCUCCAAAACCCUAGUGUAUAUGCACACAAGGACGAAAGCAGAACAUCGUUGCAGUAUUCUCCCUCUUGACAAUAUACUGAGUGAUCGACAUGGGGAAUUGCCUCUUUGGAGGCUUAGGAGAGGCUAAUCAAGAGCUCGUCAAGGUGGUGGCGCCCAACGGUGGGGUCAUGGAGUUUUACGCCCCGAUCGCCGUCCGAUCCAUCACGGACGAGUUCCCGGGCCUUGGCAUCUUCCGUGCGCACGAUCUAUUCUGGAAUCCGCUCCCUCUCCACGAGGAGCUGGUGGUAGGAGAGUCCUACUACUUGCUCCCCUAUGACAAUGGCGACGGUAGCAAAUCACGAGAUCAUACAUUGUUGUUGGGCAACGAGGUCAUGAGAGAAGGCCAUGUCCGGUCCAGUAGCAUACCGACGUCGCUCGUCUCGCCGUACCGGAUGUCACUGGAUUACCAAGGCAUGUUGAAGAGUUCGUACACCGAGGUCUUCUCUAGGGAUAGUGGCAAGAUCAACAAUGGGGUUUGGAAGGUGAAGCUUGUGAUUUGUCCGGAGCAGUUGCUCGAGAUAUUAUCGCAAGAAGGCCGGACGCAGGAGCUGAUCGAGAGCAUUAGAGCCGUGGUGAAGUGCGGGAACGGCCCAGCAUCUGGCAGGUUCUCCGACCAGUGGAGCCUCCCAAGCAGUGCCAGUGGUUCCUCUAAGACUGAAGGCCUGGUGGAUAUUUAGCUGGAAUUGUAGGUCUCAGACUGCUUAUUUAUUUAUUUAUUUUAUGUUUAGCUUGCACUCUAUAGUAAGUUUAGUAAAAAAUCUUUCUUUUUCCGGUAUACUGAGGGCAAGGAGGCGCUUCAAAACGCUAUCCGUCAAAUCUCACGCAUGUAAUGUUUUCGAUUUUACGCAUACCGGGUAAUUCUCGAGUCUUACCAUUGGACCAAGGACAAAUUGACAAGA